AUGCUGCGAGAUCCCGCUUCCACUUGCGCACGGCGGGUUGCGUCACGUACAGAGUAUCGUCAGCGGCAUCAUGCCAAAGGUCGGAGUCUGGGCAUCUGCUCCAGAGACAAGUCGCUGCUUGUGCCGACUGAGCCGUUCCCAAGCAAACACUUCUUCGUUGCAGAACCGACCUGCAUCGUAUCAUUACUGCAAACACCAACCACCACUGUAGAUCACUGCAAGCCCGACUGCAUCACCAGCAUCACCAACCUCCGACCUGCAUGGAGCUUGCGCGGCUUGCGCAUGCGUUUCUCCGAACACCAUCCGCCCCGGAUCUGUACAAGUGCCGCGCGGUCAUUGGAAUGCCGUGUGUGCAGUCGAAGGCGCUCAGCUCUCACUCCGGUACCUACCGCGGCCGCAAAGCACCGAAGCACCGAGUGCCAAGUGCAACGUCGCACAGAAACAGCUGAGCCACCAGGACAGACCAUCGGGCCGGCAAUGGGAUGGGUGGGUGUGCCAGUGAGCGCCGCCAGGGCAUCGCGGAUCUCAGUGCUUUGCGCCGCGAAGAGUUGCAGCAAGCCACCCUCCCAGCCACAGGCUGGUGGAUCCAUGGUGGAUGGGUGGUGUGCUCCAGCUUGUCCGACGGCGAACCUUGAAGCCCUGACUCAGUGGUGGUUGGGCUGCCGCGGUCGGUGGGAUGACGUUGCCACGGCGUGCGAGCGGGCCGCCCACCACCACCACACCCUUCUGGAGGAACAGGUGAGAUCAGGGCCUUUGCAGGUGCUGGGCGUCUCCCUAGGUGGCUACCGGAUGCUGUGGCGCUCACCAAGUGUAGGCACAACGGCGACGGUCUCUGUUGCUGCCGCCACAUCCGUUACAGUCUGUCACCGCGCUCGCGCUGCAAGAUGUCAGCACGUUCCGAAGAAGCCAGUCAGUGAUUCGGGCAUUCUGGCUGAUUCCCACGUACACGGCUGCGAAAAAAGAUUCAUAACGGGGAUUGAUACGAGCGAUCUGCGACAUCACAGCCUUGCUGACUCUCCUCUUCAUCCAACAGCAAUAGCAGGAGAAGAGGCAGCCAGUCGUCGACUGGUCACAGCUCGUUCUGCAUGUUCUAUUCUUGUACCGCUCGGAGCAGUGCAUGCACCGCUGCACCUUGCGCAAUUGCGUGUGUAA